GAAAGUAAAGGUGACUCCAAGAAGCUAUGGAAUGCUGUUAACGAAGCAUCUUCUAGGAAAUGUCAAUCGUCCAACCCAACUUGCAUUAUCUCGGAUGGAGUUGAAUAUACAAACAAUAAAUCGAUUGCUUCUAUUUUGAACAAACAUUUCGCUACUAUAGGUCAAUAUCUUGCCGAGAAGCUACCCGCUAUAACACCAAGUUAUGCAUCAAGUUACUAUCUAUCUAAUGGUCAACAUUAUAAUAUCCUUCCCGUUGAUGAAUCUUUCGUUAUUAAACAUCUAAAAUCUCUCAAAGCUUCGAAAGCAACUGGUUUGGACAAGAUAAAUAUAAAGCUACUUAAAGAUGCAUCAGAAAUAAUUGCUCCUUCGAUUACAAAGCUCAUAAAUCGAUCCAUUCAAAAUCAUACAUUCCCUUCAAGUUGGAAAUGUUCGAAGGUAUUUCCUUUGUAUAAAUCUGGGGACAGAGCGAACGCAACUAAUUACCGUCCAAUAUCAGUUCUACCUGCAUUGAGCAAGUUAAUGGAAAAAGCUGUUUAUACUCAACUUUAUGAUUAUUUAACAGAACAUAACAUUCUCAAUGAUAAUCAGUUUGGUUUUCGCCGAAAGUGUUCCACAACAACAGCACUCUCGAGUUUUGCUGACGAGAUUCUGGCCAGUAUGGAAAAGGCAGAAGUGUGCGGUGCCGUGUUUUUGGACCUGUCCAAGGCCUUCGACACGGUCGAUCACGCUGUUAUGCUGAAGAAAUUAUCUGAAGAUAUAGCAUUCUACUGA